AUGUUAAGCCGACACAUCAGUUUGUUGAUUUCCCAACACCAUAAUGCCUCCUCACCUCACCCUCCUGUAAAGCCGGAGUUUACACAUCCAGCGGAUCUUCGCCAACUUAAGCAAAGACUUCAGCCUUUGCCUUUUCUUUCCAAUUUUUUGAAUUGCGAUGGCACGAAUGCUGCCAAAGGGGUGACUAAGCAUCGAAUGACAUGGUUAGAUUCGGGGAUAACUAAAAGCGAAGCUCCGUCAGAGCAGCCUGCGCGGGAUUUUGUGUGGGUGGAUUUGAAGGAUCCAAACAUCUCAGAGCGUGAGGAGCUAAUCUCAUGGCUGCCUAUACAUGCGCUAACGCGUGAAAAAAUUUCAACCAUUCCGGACAUCGACCGCUUGGAGUACUACCCUUCCCAUGGCUACCUCUAUCUCCUUCUCACCUCGCCGAAUCUUGCGGAGGAGGAGAACUCCUCAGCGAAGAUUGUUUUUAUAAUGUUUGAAAAUGUCCUGUUAACGUUGCGGGUGGGGGAUUUCGCCGGUGAGGAGGACCUCUACGCAGGUGUGAUGGGGUGCAUGUCCGUCGCGUCCGAAAAAGGCGGCCUCCAGCUCUCCUCCCUCUUCAGCACCGUGGUGGUGAACACGAUCAAGGGCGUGCAGGGCCUGACCCCCGCCAUCAUUCUCAGCACGGAGUACCUCAACGAGCUGGUGAUGCAGAUCAGCCCGUCCCGGGAGGACCAUGUGGACCUGAUGAAGCGAAUCCGCGUGACACGCGGCCGGGUUGCGCGGCUGCACCGUUGUCUUCUGCUGAAAGAGCGCAUUUUAAAGCAGCUGCUGUUGCCGGUCCGGCUGGAACCCCUCGCGUGUCACACGGAGGCCGCGAUGGAGGGCUACCAGACCGCCCUCACCCUUCUUCAGGCCGCGAUUGAGAAGCUGCACCGGACGCGGGACACGGUGAAUGUCACGAGCCUGAACCUCGUCAGUGGGGUCGCCGCACGGCUCGUGUCCCGGUGCAACGUCCUGGACUAUAUUAACAACGUGCAGACGGAGAUGUCCCUGGUGCUCUUCCCGACAGCCCUCAUCCCGAGUGUGUGGACGUGCAACAUCAUGGUGCCCUGGCGAAGUGGGGAAACGCUGACGCCGUUCUUCUGGAUCGUCGGGGUCACGACCUUCAUCCUUGUCGUCGGGCUUGUGUACCCGUUGUACAAGUAUUAUACCUAUAAACCCCCGAGUGCGUUGGUCCCUUCGAUGGAUUGA